CGGAGCGGCAGGAGGAAGCGGGAGGAGACAACGAGCGGAGGAACCGCGCAGCUCCAGCGCUCCCUGAACUCGCAGCCCCCCCGGACCGCCCCCAUCCCGCAGACAAGGAGCUGAGCAUGGAGAGCAGGGAGGACAAAGGCAGCCAGAGAUGGAGCCAGAGUUCAGAGCUGGUGGUCCAUGAGCAGCUUCAUGAUGGGAAGAAGCCCCACAAGUGCUUUGGGUGUGAGAAGAGCUUCAGCCAGAGGUCCUGGCUGAUCCAGCACCAGAGGAUCCACACUGGGGAACGACCCUACGAGUGUGAAGAAUGUGGGAAGAGCUUCAGGCGGAGAAGUGACCUAAACUCCCACCAAAAGAUCCACACUGGGGAGAUGCCCUAUGAGUGUGAAGGAUGUGGGAAGAGCUUCAGGCGGAGAAGUGACCUAAACUCCCACCAAAAGAUCCACACUGGGGAGAGGCCCUACGAAUGUUCCGAGUGUGGGAAGGGGUUUCUGACCAGCACCCAGCUCCUUGUACAUCAGCAGAUUCACUCAGAGGAGAGGCCCUUCUGCUGCCCCGACUGUGGGAAGGGCUUCAAGCAGAACUCCGCCCUCAUCACCCACCGGCGCAUCCACACCGGGGAGAGGCCCUAUGAGUGUGAGAAAUGCAGGAAGAGGUUUUCCACCAGCUCCAGUCUCCUCCUGCACCAGCGCACACACACAGAGGAGAGGCCCUUCUGCUGCCCUGACUGCAGGAAGGGCUUCAAACACAACUCCACCCUGAAGAAUCACCAACGCAUCCACACUGGGGAGAGGCCCCACAAAUGUGAGGAAUGUGGGAUGAGCUUCAGCUGCAGCUCCAACCUUAUCCGCCACCAGAGGAUCCACACCGGGGAACGGCCCUAUGAGUGUGGGAAAUGUGGGAAGAGCUUCAGAGAGAGAGCCAGCCUGAUCCAGCACCAGAGCAUCCACACUGGGGAAAGGCCCUAUGAAUGUCGGGAAUGUGGGAAGAGCUUCAGGCACGGUGCCAAUCUGAUCUGCCACCAAAAGAUCCACACUGGUGAGAGGCCCUACGAGUGUUCCGAGUGUGGGAAGAGGUUUCCCACCAGCUCGUAUCUCCUCCGGCACCAGCGGAUUCACACGGAUGAGAGGCCCUUCCGCUGCCCCGACUGUGGGAAGGGCUUCAAGCACAACUCCACCCUCAAGAAGCACCAGCGCAUCCACACUGGGGAGAGGCCCUACGAGUGUCCCCAGUGUGGGAAGAGCUUCUCACAGAGCUCUAACUUGACCAGACACCAAUGGAGGCACCAGUAAGGGAAGCCCUGCGAGUGCUCCCAGUGCAGCAAGAGCUUCGUGCACUGCUCCAGCUCUAUCCCCCACUGCAGGACGUGAAUUGGGCAGAGGCCUGGUGACCCACAUUCCCUGUGAUCCUUGUUGGGAAGACACCUGGCUGGUUAUUCUUUAGUUUUAGCCUUUUUUUUUUUCUCCUCUCCAUCUCUUUGCGCUCCAGAAGCCAAAAGGGAUGUGUCUGUCACCUGAAACCACUCCAGUCCCACAGAGAACAAGUCAAUUUUAACCCAAAAGGGCUCAAUCCCACCUCAAAAUGGCUUGUUCCCACCUUGAGAAAAACUCAGUCCCGUGACAAAUUUCCUCAAUUCCACGGCUGCCAGGAUGAAAUUGUGAGAGAUAUGACUGUGAUUCAUGUCAGAGAAAAUACAGAUAUAAUUAUGACAUUGUACCAUGGGAAUAAAAGAGAUGAAUUCUGAGGAACUGCCAGAAAGGACUGAGAGGGUCUCACAAUCCGUUUAAUCGUCAUGAUGGUUCGUUUUGACUUCAAAGUGCAAAAAGAGACAAAGAGAACUCAGCCUAACCAAAAAUGAAUGUAUCUCUUUUUUAUAAGCACAAUGUGCAAUAGAGGAAAAGAGAGAGAGAAGAGAAAAGGAGAGAAGAAGAGAGGGUUAUAGCUACCAACGGAAGACGCGAGUUCUCGUGACGCUGAACCAAUAGACUGCCUUUGCAGCCCUCGUGGCGUGCACCAAUAGAUCUGUCCUGUCUGUUGGGGAGAUCUCAAAAGGGUCUUUUUUUGGGGGAGCUUGUUUGGUCUUUUUCAGACCUCGUGUGUGGUGCAGUCUUCUGGCACAGUGAGGGCAUGGGGCAGGCUGGCCUUGGCAGUGGGUACAGCACAGUUAGUGCGGGGCAAACACAGCCCAGGUGCCCAUGACGGGUCCAUCGUUCUUCCCCUGGAGCAGUGAACACACCUGCAGGACUCUGGCAGGUUUCCACCUCAGCCCGUGCCAGGCCAGGAGAGCUGGGUCUGGGCUCCGGAUCGUCUCAGCCCCCUUCCUCCCCACACCCUUAUGCGGUUGUCAGGAGGCAAAGGAAGGGUCCUUGCGCCAACCCUCGCAGAGGGGAAACAGACGGACGGGAUGUGGUGAACAAUAGACGGGCAAAUUAAGCAAACACCUAAACUUAUAAACUUAUUUGCUUAUAGAGGCUAAAUUAGGUGAGAACCUAAAGAUCAGCAAAUGAAUAAGGAAGAGCAACGACCCUCAGAGAGAGCUGAAAGACCACCAAGAAAGAGCCCGCACAGCACAGCAAGGCAGCAGGCACCACAAUGAGAAAUGGGGUGAGAGGGGGGCUGCUGAGAACUGCUGUGAAAUGUUUAUGCAUCUGUAUGAAGGUAUGGAGUAAAUAUUUGCAGAACUGACAGUCGGGGUGCAUGACGGAGGAGCGCAGACUCCCCGUGCACCCAGCGCUGCUUGUUCGCUUUUUGCCAAACCGAAUUUGAUAAAUAGCUAA